UCAUCGAUUCGUCGCUCUGUUGAGGAUGUCUUGUGUUUUAACCUGGAACAUACACUGAGUUGGCUUUACUCGCGGACGCAUUUUUGAACCAGCAUACCAUACAUACCUCGAGUAAGCAAGGUUUGGGUUAAUCAACAGAGAGUUAAGGGUAUUUGUGACGGGAUGUCAUCCUCCAGUGGUCCACUGACUGAGGAUCUUCAGUGCUCUAUAUGUCUGGACGUGUUCACUGAUCCAGUCAGCACUCCAUGUGGACACAACUUCUGCAAGACCUGUCUGAAUAAACACUGGAACAACAGCCAGACCUGCAAAUGUCCAUAUUGUACAGAAACAUUCAAGAUCAGACCUGAUCUCAAGAUUAAUACCACACUCAGAGAGCUUGUAGAUCACUAUAAAAAGAAAAGUCCUGAGAAAAAACAUGAAGUUCUGUGUGACUUCUGUGAGGAAAGAAAGCUGAAAGCCCUGAAGUCGUGUCUGGUGUGUCAGAGCUCUUACUGUGAAACUCACCUGGAGCCUCAUUUGAGAGUGGCAGGUUUAAAGAAACACAAACUGAUCAAUCCUGUGAGGAAUCUGGAGGACUAUAUAUGUCAGAAACAUGAGAGACCUCUGGAGCUGUUCUGUAGAGAUGAUCAGAAGAUUGUGUGUCUGGUGUGUGGUGUAACAGACCACAAGAACCACAACACUGUUUCUUUAGAAGAGGAAAGUGAAGAGAAGAAGACUCAACUGAUGAAGACACAAAAAGAUCUGCAGCAGAUGAUCCAGGACAGAACCAAGAAGAUUCAAGAUGUCAAACACUCAGCAGAAGUCAGAAAAAGAAACACAGAGGAGAAGAAAGCAGCCCGUGUCGAGCUCUUCACUGAUCUCAUCCGCUCCAUUGAGAGAUGUCAGACUGAACUGCUGGAGAUGAUGGAGGAGCAGCAGAAAGCAGCAGAGAAACAGGAGGAAGAGCUCAUUGAAGAGCUGGAGCAGGAGAUCACUGAGCUAAAGAUGAGAAACACUGAGCUGGAGCAGCUCUCACACACUGAAGAUCACCUCCACCUCCUACAGAUUCACUCAUCCCUGUGCAGCUCUAGAAACACCAGUAACUGGUCUGAGAUCAGUGUGAAGACUGAUGAGAGUCUGGAGCCUCUGAGGAGAGCUCUGACUCAACUGCAGGACACUCUACAGGAGAAACUCACACUAACUGUCUCUACAGAUCUGAAGAGGAUGCAGCAGUAUGAAGUGGAUGUGACUCUGGAUCCUGAUACAGCUCAUCCUAAACUCAUCCUGUCUGAUGAUGGAAAGCAAGUGACAUGUGGAGACAAGCGACAGAAACUUCCAGACAACCCAAAGAGAUUUGAUACAUGUGUAGAUGUCCUGGGAAAGGAGGGAUUCUCCUCAGGGAGAUUUUAUUUUGAGGUGCAGGUGAAGGGAAAGACUGAAUGGACUUUAGGAGUUGCCAGAGAAUCCAUUAACAGGAAGGGAUUGAUCACACUGUGUCCUGAGGAUGGAUUCUGGACUGUUGCUCUGAUGAAUGAAAAUGAAUAUGAAUCCUGUACUGGUCCUCCUGUCCCUCUGCCUCUGAGCGUGAAGCCGCAGCGGGUCGGUGUGUUUGUGGAUUAUGAGGAGGGUCUGGUCUCCUUUUAUGAUGUGGAGUCCAGCUCUCAUAUCUACUCUUUCACUGGUCAGUCUUUCACCGACAAACUCUAUCCAUAUUUUAGCCCAGAAUUUAAUGAUGGAGGUAAAAACUCAACUCCACUGAUCAUCACACCUGUCAAAUACACUAAAUGAAUUUACACCUCAAUAUGAUAAAGAUGAUGAUUUUUGUAAUUGCAAAUAUGAAAACGUGCUGCUGUUCAAAGGAAGAAAGAUGCAUUUGUUAAUCAUUUGUUUUUUCAAUUUUUAUUUUAAUGCUUGUUUUAGUAAGUUCGACAAAUUCAUAAAUAUUCACAAAUUCAUUCAUAACUACUCAUUCCGUUUCCCUCUACCUGACAAAGUGAAAUUGCCUAUAAUAUGUUUACAUCUAAAUAAACUAAACUAGUAACCUUGGAUCAAUUGUUGUAUCAAGGCUGUAUGAGUGAAGUUUGGUUUACUUAAUGUUUUGCCUGUUUUUGUAUUCCAAGUUAUU